AUGGGGGAGCACCAUCUGCUGGAGAAGCAGAGGAUCAGAAACUUCUCACAACACAGAAUCAUGGGGGAUUACUAUGAGAUUCUCGGAGUGCCCAGAAAUGCCACCCAGGAUGACAUCAAACGGGCAUAUAGGAAACUGGCACUAAAGUGGCACCCCGACAAAAAUCCUGACAAUAAAGAGCUGGCUGAAAAGAAGUUUAAAGACAUCGCAGAAGCCUAUGAAGUGUUAUCAGAUGCGGAAAAGCGAGAAACCUAUGAUCGAUAUGGGAAAGCAGGAUUCUCAGGACCUGAGCCCAGGUCCAGCUCAGGAUCCCGCUUUCAUGGAUUUGCCUACACAUUCCGGAGCCCAGAGGAAGUAUUCCAGGAAUUCUUUGGUGGACGGGACCCCUUCUCUGACUUCUUUGGGGAUGACUUUCUGUUUCCUGAAAUGCGUCACACUCACUCCUCACAAUUUUUUUCAGACUCUUUUCCUACUACUAGAGUGUUCUCAUCAUUCUCAUCUUUCGGAAGUGAUGGGUUCGGUAUGGCCGGGGAACGUCCGCUCUGUUUCCACAUCAACUAAAUUUGUUAAUGGCAAAAGAAUAACAACCAAGCGGAUAGUGGAAAAUGGAGUGGAACGAGUGGAGGUGGAAGAGGAUGGCCAGCUGAAGUCCAUCCGGGUCAAUGGGGUAGAAGAUGAACUUGCCUUGGCUCUAGAGAUGAGUAAACGGGAUCACCAGACAAACGUGCAAACCCCCAACAACCGUGCUAGGGGGUCACCAAACCAUCUCCAACGAUCUCAAAGCGCCGCCCCUGCUUACAUGGUACUGGACAGCGAUGACGAAGAUGAGGAUCUGCAACUGGCCAUGGCCUACAGCCUCUCCGAGAUGGAGGCCGCCGGGCAGCACCGAGCAGGUGCG